ACGACCAAUUAGAAUAGCACGCUAGUGAAAAGUAAUAAAUAGUCCAUUGACUGCCAUAUCAUAUAUCAUUAGCCUUGUAUCUGUGAUGAUACAGGAUCACCGGUCUCUGUCAAUUCAGCAUGGUAUCUCUUUUGGUUUUUCUGUUGCUGUCAAUAGUACAUGCAGGUACUGAAGACUGGCAUAAGAUUGCAAGAGACCUCCUGACACAACAGCUAAAAAUUCAAACUAAUACAAACAAAGCUAAGAACAUAAUAUUGUUUAUUGGUGAUGGGAUGGGUAUGCCUACCAUAACCUCUGCCAGGAUAUAUAAAGGCCAACAGAUGAAAAAGACUGGCGAAGAAACGGUAUUUAAAUUUGAAGAAUUUCCAAAUGUAGCCUUGUCAAAGACUUACGGAAGUGAUAGGCAAAUACCGGACUCAUCACAAACAGCAACGGCCCUAAUGUGUGGAGAGAAGGCCAAUUUCUAUACUAUUGGUGUCAACGACAAAGUGUCACAAGGAGACUGUGCUUCAGAAAUACCCAGUAAUAAAUUGACAUCUAUAUUGGACCAUUUCAUUGCAGAUGGACGUGCUGGAGGGUUUGUUACAACAGCAAGGCUGACGCAUGCAACACCAGGCUCGUCUUAUGCACAUACAGCUAAUCGUGCAUGGGAAUCAAACGAGAAAAUGAAAGAUGUUCCCGAGAAAUGUAAAGACAUCGCUUACCAGUUUGUAUACGAUAAUACAAAAAUUCAGGUAGCAAUGGGUGGAGGAAGAAGACAUUUCCUACCUAACACCACAAAAGACCCGGAGUAUAACAACAAGUAUGGACGUAGAGUAGACGGGCAAGACCUGAUAGCAGAAUGGCAAAAAAAACAAGGUGCUAAAGGACGGAAUCACAGAUAUGUUUGGAAUAAAGGAGAGUUUGAUUCUGUAGAUCCUCAGACAACAGAUUAUUUACUUGGUCUUUUUGAAUACAGUCAUAUGCAGUAUGAAGUUGAUCGUGACACGUCAAGUGUUGGAGAACCUAGUAUUACUGAAAUGGUAGAAAAGGCUAUCAGAAUACUUAAAAAGAAUUCAAACGGAUUUUUCCUUUUAGUUGAAGGGAGUAACAUCGAUAUUGCCCACCAUGAUUCUCUUGCUGCUAAAGCUUUAACAGAGACAGUGUCAUUGGAUAAGGCUGUCACCAAAGCACUUGAAUUGACCAAUGAAGAGGAUACACUGGUGAUAGUGACAGCGGAUCAUUCUCACGUGUUCAGUAUGGGCGGAUACAAUUACAGGGGAAAUGACAUUUUAGGACUAGCGAACCCAAUUGACUAUGAGCCACCAUUAGAUGGAAUGCCAUAUACAACUCUUAAUUAUGCAAACGGACCUGGUGUUAAUUUCACAAGUGGAAAAAGACCUAAUCUGACAAACGUUGAUACAACGUCCUUUGAUUACAUUCCUCAAGCUGCCGUGCCAGUAGAAUAUGAAACACAUGGAGGUGAGGAUGUCCCUAUAUUCUCCAAGGGACCAAUGUCACACUUGCUUAACGGUGUAAAGGAACAGCAUUAUGUUGCCCACGUGAUGCAGUAUGCAGCUUGUGUGGGAGAUUUUAAAGAUGACAGUCAUUGUAAAAAUACAGAACCUAAACCCACGUGUUCUGCUUGUUCGAUUACAUGGGAUCAAGUAACAUUAUUCCUGAGUUUAAUAGGGAUUUACCUUCGACAAUUCUGUUUUGUGUGAUUGCUUUUAUAUCAUUUUAUAACAAACAACAUUUUCAUUCAUUACAUUAGUCAUUUGUCACAACCGG